UACAUCUCCCCUCAGAUGAUGAUUGGAAGGCCAUCACCGGCGCCCAGCACAGCGGACAGCCCAAUGGGGAGGCCUCGGAGAAGGCGCUGGGCUCGGGCCGCGCACACAACAGACUCUACUCUGCACCCAGUGCGACAAGAGUUUCCUCAGGAGCUCCGACCUGGCGCGGCACCAGCGGAGUCACCUGGGGGAGCGGCCGUUACAUCUGCAACCAGUGCGGCAAGUGCUUCAGGCGCAACACGUCACUGCUCAUCCACGAGCGCAUCCACACACGGGGAGCGGCCAUACCAGUGCGCCCAGUGCGGCAAGAGCUUCGUCCAGCGCCAGCACCUCACCACCCACCUGAAGACCCACACCGGGGAAAAAACCCUUCCCAUGUAUGCCUGAUGCGGGAAGAGCUACCGAUGGCGGUCCGAGCUGCUGAAACACCAGAGGGUGCACUGCAAUGAGGCCUCGGUAUCCUUUGAUGAUGUUGCGGUGUGUUUCUCGGAGGAGUGGAAGGAUCUGGAGGAUUGGCAGAAGGAUCUGUACCGGAACAUGAUGAAGGAGAGCGCCGACUCCCUGAUGUCUCUGGCAGGUGAGGUCUGGAUCAAUAAGAAUGGGAAGGAAAUGACUGCGGAGAAGGGUGCUGAGGAGCUGGUGAUGUCAUCUGACUCCAAAGAACACCUCCCCCUGGUGGCCGAUCCCGUCUGUGAGGUGAGGGACUUUGCCGGCGAUGAGCCGCACACCUCCAGCGACGUCCUCCGAGGCUUCCGUCCGGGCCUACACUUCCUGGACCAACGCCGUCUCCUGCCGCGAGAAAAACUCUUCACAUGCAACCAGUGCGACAAACGUUUUGCACGAAGCUCCGAUUUGCUGAAGCAUCAGAAGAGCCACCAGGGCGGCGACAAACCGAACUUAUGUAACGAAUGCGGCAAAAUAUUCCGCCGCCGCACGGCCUUACUCAUCCACAAGCGCAUACACACGGGGGAGCGGCCCUAUAAGUGUAAGCAGUGCGGUAAGUGCUUCGUACAGCGGCAGCACCUCACCACACACGUCAAGACGCACACCGGGGAGCGGCCGUACCCCUGCAGUGAGUGUGGCAAGAGCUACCGAUGGAGGUCAGAGCUCGUCAAGCACCAGAAGGUCCACGCCGACGUCCUGAGCUCCACAAUGGAGUACACACAGGGCUGAGCCCUCUGGAGGACGCUUAAGGGGAGAACCGGAGCAAAGACACUAAAGGUCACAUGGGCGGUGACCAACAGGGGGAGGAGCCUAAUACCCCGAGGGUUCACCCUGUCAGUAUAAAGGGGCAGCGGGGGUUCACAUUCUACCCCCAACCAGGGGUUUCAUCUUCUGCUUCGGGCCAGGCCUUCUUUCCUUCUGCGCGGCCUCGGACUGCUCUGGGGGCUUCAGUUUAUCUAAGGGACCCUGAUGAAGGAAAUCUGCCGUGUGUAACGCUGAUCCCCUUAAAGGGGUACUCCGCCCCCAGACAUAUUAUCUUAUAAGGGAUAAGAUGUCUAAUCGCAGGAUCCCGCCACUGAGGACACCCGCGAUCUCCCUGCUUCACCCGACGUUCGUUUAGAACCUCAGGUGUAGUGUCGGAGGUUUGUUACAUCAUGGACACGCCCACUUAUGAUGUCACGGCCCUGCCCCCUCAAUGCAAGUCUAUGGGAGGGGGUGUGACGGACGUCACACCCCCUUCCAUAGACUUGCAUUGAGGGGGUGUGGCCGUGACGGCAACAGUGGGACGUUGUCACAAGCCUCCGCCCCGUAUCGCCAGUCAUCCAGCACAGAAUGAAGUUCGCUCCCUGCAUCGGUUGUCUGGGGUGUCGCAACCAAGAUCGCGGGGCCCCAGUGAUCAGACAACUUAUCCUUUGGAUAGAGGAUGAGAUGUCUAGGGGCGGAGUAUCCCUUUAAGUGUCUGACUGCGGGGCAUCUGAACGCUGGGACACCUUGCAAUCUCCUGUACGGGGCCCCGACUCUGCUGUGUGUCUCUCUAUGGGCCCCUCCUUGUCUCUCUAUGGGCCCCUCCUUGUCUCUCUAUGGGCCCCUCCUUGUCUCUCUAUGGGCCCCUCCUUGUCUCUCUAUGGGCCCCUCCAUGUCUCUCUAUGGGCCCCUCCAUGUCUCUCUAUGGGCCCCUCCAUGUCUCUCUAUGGGCCCUUCCAUGUCUCUCUAUGGGCCCCUCCAUGUCUCUCUAUGGGCCCCUCCAUGUCUCUCUAUGGGCCCCUCCAUGUCUCUCUAUGGGCCCCUACAUGUCUCUCUAUGGGAGAGGUGGAGAUGCAGCAGAGAUAUUUCGUGUAUCCCCGCCUCUCCCACGCAGUAGUACAGGAGAUCGCGGGGUCCCAGCGGUCGGACCCCCGCGAUCACACAAUAAGUGUUAUACACGGGAGAUCUCCUUUACAGCGCAGCGGUCAUGGAUCCAGACUAAUCCCGCGAUAUUAUAGAUGAUAGAAUGUGUAAUACAUAUGGCUGCUCCUUAUCA